UUUAAGUUUUCUUUGCAAACUCCUUUGACUACGAUGACCUGGAUGACUGAGAACCUUCACAGACAUGAGGACAUUUAAAGGAAAUAGUGUAGCACUGACUUAAUAGAGUAGCCACUAAAAAACUAAUGCUGAGACUUCCCAAUAUCUAAAACCACUGGACUGGAUCACGGUGGCUACAGCCAUCUUUUUCAUACAAUCUAUGAUAAAGGUCUAUAUUUAUUGUGCUUUUACUUAACACAUUUUUACUUUAUAUAGUAUUUUACUGCUCAAUAAAAGAAUGCUCAUUGGCUUAAUUACCACUCCACUAAAUAUAGUAUGGUUUCUAUUCAGGGUAUGUGUGUUUUGUACUGUUUAAUAAAGAACAUUUACUUUCUUAAUGUAUGCUAAUAUUUUAUCACCAGUAAUUGUGAAUUUGUAUUAUCUUUGCUGUCAGAAUGAGCAGUGAAUCACCUUAAAGCCAAUUUUAGGAAAGAAGACAAAUAAAAAUGGAUAAAAUUUUGUCUAAUUUGACAGUAUCAACUGCUGCUCAUGAUGCCUUACAAUAUAGACUGACUUGUCUGUUUAACUUCCUUUCAUGGAUCCUGUAAUAAAAGGUGCUUUAUCAUUUUCCCCCACAGUAAUCUGUAGUUAAUGAGAACCAUGAUGCUUAAUGACGAUAGCAUGAAAUUAAUUUAUCUCUGGGGAAUCAGCACUGAGUCAAACAUAAGAUAACCGAGGCCAAACAGAUCAGACAAGGGGAAGACCAUCUUUGACACUUUGUUAAUUGAAAACAUGUUGUGUGCUGAGAAGAGAAAUCUGAGCUCUUCUGACAGACAAAGUCAUUCUUAUUAGGUGAGCGAGGCACUGUCUCAUUUUAAUGGGUAAAUGGUUUGUUUUACAGGGUGAUUUGAGUUUACUGAUUAUUUUAUUAACAUGAGGCAGCUAAUUUCUGUUGUAAAUGUAAAUGAUAUUAUGCAUUAUGUUUUAUUCUAUCUUGUGUAUAUGGAAGUUUAAGUUGUGCUUUUUUUAACAGGUGUGCUGCAGCUUAAAGCAGCAAAAAUGCAGAAUCUGACUGAACUUCCUUUUAAUGCAACUUCCCAAAAAAGUCUGUCUGUUAUUAUCAAAGUAUGUGCAGUUAUCCCCUUCUUCAGCACCUUCCUCUGCUGCAUUGCUGUCAUGCUGCAUGUGUUUGCAUCUCACAGUCAGUUCCUAAACACUCCACGUUACAUCCUGUUUGCCCACAUGUUGAUCAAUGACACCCUGCAGCUUCUGUCCUCUGUGCUGCUUUUCCUACUUGUAAUGGGUCAGGUAAAAUUUCCUGUUUUCUACUGUUUUCCUCUGCUGUUCAUAUCCACUGUUACUUAUCAGAACACACCUUUAAUCCUGGCCACAAUGUCCCUGGAGCGUUAUGUUGCCAUCUUCUAUCCCCUGCAGCGGCCGGCUGCCUGGCGCUCAGGCCGUAUCUGGAUUAUUAAUCUUUGUCUGUGGCUUAUAAGCUGCAUGUUCCUCAUCAUCGACUACUCCAUCGGGAAGCAACGUCCUGCUGUAGAUGUCCUCUUUACACCUGUACUCUGCAAAAAUUUAGUUAUCAACUCAUCUCCAAUCCAAGCAUUAUUCAGAACUGCUGUGAGUGUGAUGUUCUUUGCAGUUGUGGCUGUUGUCAUCUUCUUCACAUAUGUGAGAAUCCUGCUGGAAACCAGGAAGCUGAGACAGGACAGAGUAUCUGUGAACAAAGCCAAGCACACUGUGCUGCUGCACGGCUUUCAGCUGCUUCUUUGCAUGUUGGCUUUCACUCUCCCCAUCACUGAAACUCUCAUAUUGCUGUACACUAAAUGGCAAGUAGAAGACAUUACCUAUUUCUGUUUUUUCUGUUUUAUCCUAAUCCCACGCUUUCUUAGCCCACUCAUCUACGGCUUCAGAGAUCACAGUCUGAGGGGCUACAUUGGGAAAACAUUCCUCUGCUGCUCAAAUGCAGUCAAGCCCCAUUUCAGAAGCAAACAGCAGGACAGCUUGUCUGCUUCUUGAAAAAAAACCCAGUUUAGACUCCUGCAGAAAACCUGUGCAGAAUAUCUGCAUCUCUGUCUGUCGGUUCCCCAAAUGAACACUGAGCAGUUUUUUAUGCUGUAAUUUUUUUUUCCAUUCACACUGGCCAUUAACAGAUUCCUUAUUGUACUGCAUGUGGAACAGACUAAUAACCUAUAAUCAGUCUUCAUGAAAUGACAGUAAGUGGAAAAAGUUACACUGGAGAGAAAACAAACUCUUUGUAUUACUGUUCCUCCUCUAAAGCUCAAUCUGGAAACACAAACCAGCAAUAUAUUUAAAAAUAUAUCCAAAAGAUCCCGUUUAUUUGUCUGAUUUAUACUUUUUAAAGCCUUGUAUUACCUUCAGAUACUUUUGCACAGAACAAAGAAUCUGGCUCAUGAAAGGGGCUCUGUAUAUAUCAGGUAAACAUUUGCAGUAAAUAAAAAACAUUUCAGUGAUAAUUUGAGCACAUGAAUAUUGAUUUGACUUCUUUUCCUUAAAAAGGCUAAUAAAAGGUGUCUAAAACUUCUAAAAUCUUAACAAGUCAUAACAGGUCAUGUUUUGUGUCAGAUUGCAUGUUUGACUAAAAGUGUGAUAUUCGCACUGAUAAAUGUUUGACAGCUCCAUUAGAUCUCUAACCUACAAUAGUUGUUGGAGUAUAGACCAAAUCUCAGAAAAUACUUAAAAAAUAACUGCACUAAUAAAAGAUGUCACUUUAUACUGAAAGGAAAUUCUAUAAAAUUGUGAUAAAAUGUCUUUAUCAUCUCAGUUUCAUGCUUUAACACUUUGGUUAGUAUUAUCAUUAAAUCAUCUUAAACUGCGCUCUGUUUAAAAAAGCUGUACUUGGUGAAAACUGAAAAAAUAUUCUGGAUCUGAAAUUAGUGAACCAUAAUGCUUUGACCUUUUAAUCUAAGGAUUUAUUGAUAAGUUUGACAUUUAGUAAUCUAAGCGCACAUAUUUAAAAUCUUAUGUUGUCAGUAUUAUAAAGAAAUCCUUGCAACAGUAUCUGGAUGCAGAACAUUUUAAUGCAUAUAAUAUUAUUG